GGUGAAAGAAAAAGAUAGAUAGAGAGAAAGAGGAAAAGAAAAUAAGUGUAUGUGAAAGAGAGAUAAAUAUAAAGCAUUAUAGAGAAGGGGACAAAAUGUCUGCGGAUCUUAAUAUGUUUACUAGCAAACGUUUACAUGCAACCUGACAUGCUUGACAUCGUUCGAGAAAUGACUAAUGAAGUGAUAGAAAAACUGUGGCGUGAUGGCCGUAUCUUUUAAUCGAUAUCUUAUUUUACCUGAAAUUGAAAAAAGUGACUUCAAAGUAACUCAAGAAAAUAAACAUAAAUACACGGAUGAAAAUACCUCAAGAAAUUCAUCUAAUGAGAAAACCUCCGUGAUACCGGCAACUGUACCUUUGUGUGUUCUGGGUGAUGUCCAGUUACGUUUUCUGUGUCCAGAUGAUUUGGAGGAAGUACGAGCACUCUGUCAAGAUUGGUUCCCUAUUGAUUAUCCUUAUUCAUGGUAUGAAGAUAUAACAAGUUCCUCACGGUUUUAUGCACUUGCAGCUGUAUAUGGUGGAGUAAUAAUUGGACUCAUUGUCGCGGAAAUAAAGCCUUAUGCUAAAUUGAACACAGAAGAUCGUGGUAUUUUGUGUUCAAGUUUAGGAAAUGAUUGUUUAGUUGGUUAUAUUCUUAGCUUAGGUGUCCGUCGCGCAUAUAGAAGAAAUGGGAUUGCAUCAUUAUUAUUGGAACAAUUAUUAGCACAUGUCACUGCUCCAGAACGUUCUUCCGUAAAAGCAGUCUUCCUGCAUGUAUUAUCUAGCAAUGCACCAGCUAUUUUAUUUUAUCAAAGAUGUCAUUUUCGAUUACAUAGUUUUCUACCUUAUUAUUAUGUAAUUCAUGGCAAAUGUAAAGAUGGUUUUACUUAUGUUCUCUACGUCAAUGGAGGACAUGCACCACGCGGUAUUCGGGAUUGGUUGCGUCAUAUAGCCAGUGCAAUGGCUAGUCUUGGACCAUGCAGAAUACCCCGUUGGAUUUGGCAACGACUUCUUUGGGUUACUACCAUACUUUCAUAUCAUAGAUGAUACUUUAUGACGAAUACCAAUGUUAAACCAAAUAUUUUUUUUCUUAUUUUUAAAGAAAUACAUGUUGCAUAGAGUAUGCUAAUUUGGGUAUUAUAUCUUAAGCAAUAAAAUUAUUAGCUUUAUAAUUGUCUUCACAAUUUUAUGAAAAUUUUGUGAAAAAUAAUUCAUUACUAAAAUGACAAUACUUAAAUCAACAAGUAUCAAUUUUUAUUCAGUUGAGAAUAAUAUAAUAGAACAAAAUUUUAUUGUAUUUACUUUACCAGAAUCAAAUUUUGUAAUUCUUUCACCGUGGAUUAUAUUAUUAAAUAAUUUGAUAAUUUAAGAUUUAAGAUAAAUAACAUAAAUAUUAAGAAUAAAGCCUUUAACUGCCAGAGCAUUUGAUCGGUUCAAAAUAUUUAUAUUUAAAAAUCUUUUUGAAUACAAUAUUUGCAUGUUGAAAAGAUUUGUAUUUUGUUGAAUAUAACAUAUUCAGAAAACAUCAAAAAUACAAUUUAUUGCAAAGUAAAGUAAAAUAUUGGUGACGGGGUAAAUGUUUAAAAAAUUUUGAAAUCAUUUCUUAUAUGCAUUAUUGUUAUAAAUUA